UUCAAUCGCUCUAGCAAAACCCAUUUGCAAAUCGGCAGUUGCAGGAGCUGUUCAGCCGGGCAGCUUCCUUUGUGCGCGUGUUGCUGCGCGCUGCGCUCUUGCAGGCGGCUGUGCAUCGGGAGGGCUUGCGGAGCCUCAAAAACGUAUUUUUCAAAGAAAAUUCACGCCGCCGGAGAACAAAUGAGUGACAGCAAAGAGGAGGUCACCGAGACGAAAAGCCCCGACCUCAUGGAAGCGUGUGGGUCCUUGCUGGAAGCGCCCGACGGCCUUUCCGGGUUUCACGGCAUGGAAGGCAUCUGCGAAAUCAGCCAUCGCCCGGAAGGCCCGCCGAGCCUCCUCCCCAUCUUGGAUGAAGGCGGCUCCGUCGAAGGGACAUCCUACAUCUGCACCGAAUGCGGGAAGAGCUUCAGCAGCAUCUCGAGCCUCAUCAGCCACCAGAAGAGGAACCACUCGGGGGAGAAGCCCUACAAGUGCUCUGACUGCGGGCGCAGCUUCCACCAGAGCUCGGACCUCGUGAAGCACGAGCGGAUCCACACGGGCGAGAAGCCGUAUCAGUGCUCUGUGUGCGAGAAGCGCUUCAACCAGCGCUCCUACCUGAUCGUCCACGAGCGCUUCCACACAAAGGAGAAGCCCUACAAGUGCUUCCUGUGCGGGAAGAGCUUCUGCUCCAACGCGCACCUCAUGACGCACCAGAGGACCCACACGGGCGAGAGGCCUUACCAGUGCCCCGACUGCGGGAAGCGGUUCAGCACCAGCUCGAACUUCGUCAACCACAAGAAGACGCACACGGAGGAGAAGCCGUUCAAUUGCUCCCUCUGCGAGAAGAGCUUCAAGCGGAGCUCGAACCUCAUCCAGCACGAGAGGACGCACACGGGCGAGAGGCCCUACACCUGCCUGACGUGUGGGGAAAGCUUUGCGUCCAACUCGGGCCUCGUGAAACACCAGAGGAGCCACACGGGCGAGAGGCCUUACAAAUGCUCCUACUGCGGGAAGAGCUUCAGCCAGAGCAUGAUCCUCACGCAGCACGAGAGGACCCACACGGGCGAGAAGCCGUGCAAGUGCCUCGUCUGCGGGAAGAGCUUCCGCUCCAGCUCCGACCUCGUCAAGCACAAGAGGAUCCACACGGGGGAGAAGCCCUACAAGUGCUCGCUGUGCGGGAAGAGCUUCACCACCAGCUCGGACGUGGUGAAGCACGAGCGGACCCACACGGGGGAGAAGCCCUACAAGUGCGGCACCUGCGGGAAGAGCUUCAGCCAGAGCGCGCACCUCAUGCAGCACCAGAGGAUCCACACGGGGGAGAAGCCGUACAUGUGCCUCAUCUGCGGGAGGUGCUUUACGUGCAGCGCACACCUCGUGGUCCAUAAAAGAACCCAUAAAGACCAGGAGGUUUUGCAAGCCUGAACUGUUUUGGCAUUUAGGGUUUUUUGGGGGGGUGGG